AUGGCGGACAAAACAGAUACCAAUGAACAGGCAGAAGGUUCUUUACCUGCAAAAAGCACACCAAAAGAUGCCUUGGUCAUGGCUGCCAUUCUAAAAGAGAUGGGAAUCAGCGAAUACGAGCCAAGAGUUAUCAACCAAAUGCUAGAAUACACAUACCGUGAGUUUAAACUGUCACUAACAUUUUCAGAUGUGAUCCACUUCAGGGACAAGGGCAUCUGUUUCUAUUGAUAUAUUUUUUGUUCAAUUUAAGCAAUGUUGAAUUGAAAUAGUGGUGGCAAAAGUGUCAUUGCUAAUUUUUUACCUUAAACUCAGGAUCUGAUUAAUAAUUAUCCCGUCAACUUUUACACCUUUCGUUGUACAUCAAUUAAAAGGAUUGAUUUCAGAUCAAGAUUAUACUCUCUUUUUUAUACUUUGGUCAACCAUUAUGAUUUUUUUUUGGGAUAAUGUGACUCGAUUGUGAGAAUGAGCUGCAGUUUGCUCAUUCUCGGUAGUUUUCAGUGUCGCUUUUGUAGGGUCAUAAAUUAUUUUCAUAAAUUUAAGUGGAACUUUAAUAUAGUGGACACAAGUUAGGGACAAAAUAUUUUGAAUCUGCCUACAGGUUACAUUACAACAGUGUUAGAGGAUGCUAUGGUUUACAGUAAACAUGCUGGCAAGAAAGAUCUUGAUGCGGAAGAUGUGCAGUUAGCCAUCCAGUCCAGACUGGACCAUUCUUAUACUAAUCCUCCACCUAGAGAGGUAUGUUUUGAGAUGCACAGCUCAUUUUGUCCCUGUUUCCUUUUUUUGAGUUAAAGAUGUAAGAGACCUACACCAUAGCUGCUUAUUUCAUUAUAUCUUUGCCAAAAUAUAACAUUCCAUGGAUACUCUCUAUUAGGGGUGGGAAGGAUGUACAUGUGAAGUUAUGAAUUAAAAUUUUGUGUUCCUAGCAAAAAUAUUACACCUUAAAAAAGUUUUUGUCAAACAUUAAACAAAGAAACAACACUUUUUGUGUACUAUGUGCCCCCACCUUUUUUUCAUGACAUUUUUCCCUUUUUCCAAUCUCCUAUUAAGCAAGUCCUGAAGUUGUGUACCUCUGCAGAACUGCACUCAUAAAUGUUAACCUUCAAAUUCCAGAUACUUUUAAAACAUAUUCAAGUCUGUUGGGAAGGGAAUUCCCAUCCUCAUCCAUAUUUUGACGGUCUUAAAUUGUGUUAGUAGUUGUCAUUCAGGAUCCACUAAAUAGACUGAUACAUCAGAAGGGAGUCACCAUGAAACUGCUUAGGACUUCACCCAGCUUAUCUCUUAGCAUAAAUGUUAGGGUCCUUAGCACUUAUCAUAACUGUUUACCCCUCUAUCUAAGGAAAGUUACAUUAGUUACAUUAAUUUCUCUUAUCAGUUUCUGAUUGAGAUUGCACGGCAGAAGAAUCGACACCCUUUACCUCAGAUUCAGACAAAGAGUGGUUUACGGCUACCACCUGACCGCUAUUGUCUCACCUCAACAAACUACAAAGUCAAGACACAGAAAAAGGUGAUGAAGAAAGUUUUAACCCUAUUACUUCCAGAUCAAAUUUGUAAUUCCCUUUACUGUCAACCGUACAAUUCUUAUAAUGUUAGUUCAGAGAAUUUAGAAUUGGAUCAACUAAUUAUCCCCACAUUGAUCUCAUUCUUUAUUCUCAUUCUUUAUUCUCAUCACUUAUCUGGUUGAUAAAUUGUAUAAAUACUGUAAGGAGAAAUUCUGUUUUGGUCACUUGCGGGAGGUAAAGGCUUAAUGAAACAGGGUUCCUUAUGUGCCUGCACUAAGUCAAGUCUGCUUCUUAAAUUUGUGGCUUGUAUUGUGGAAGAUUAUGUGGGUUUGCAGAGCCUGAAACAACUAAAAGUAUUGCCAUUCCUACCUGGAUAGGAUGCUAGUUCCAAUCACACAUUACCCAAUAGCAUUUCAUCAAAUUUCUUUGGCAGCUUUCAGGUACCCAGUUCCGCCCAAGACACAAUGCAAUGAUCUGGUCUGGUGUCUAACAUGGACCUUUCAAUCCCAAGUCUAUCAGGCUAACCAGUAUUAUUACAUUGUGUCCCUGUGCUUUGACCAAUGCCUCUAAAAUUACUUGUUUUAUCUUUUAGCAGCACACUCAGGUUCGUGCCAAUCCAGUCGUAGCUCGAACAAUCUCUCAGUCAGCUGUAUCAACACUCAUAAAACCAACACCAGCAACUAUUGUAACAGUCAAAAUGCCAACUGCUGCUCCAGUCACAGCAUCUGCAGGACCUGCGGCAAAUACUGCAACAGCUGUCACAGCUAGUGUAGCAGUAAAAAAGGAACCAACAGGGACCACUGUGGUACAGAAACAGGCAACAGUGGCUACAGGAACCCCAGCAAUACAGGUGUGAUGUUCUAUAACCAGACAUUCUUUUUAUUGUAGCUACCCACCUACCAGGAAACUUGUUGCUUGGACAAAUUACACUGAUGGUUUUCCCUGUAACACAUACUCAUUUAGAUGGAAAACUUAUUUCACAGUGACUGAAUUGUUACCAUAGUUCUUCAGUCUCACAUUGUUUGCAGUACCAUUACAAACUGUUAUGUCAAAAAAUUCAAAUGAACCAACAAUGUGCGUCAAAACUCUCAUAGGCCAUGUGUGCCAACUGUACAAUAAAAUGUAGUAUUUAUUAUUGAACAGUUGCCACAUUAUUAAGAAAAUUUGGUAAAAAUGACUGUCCAUGAUUAAAAAAAAUAAAACUUUUGGUGGAAUUUGAAUCUAAUCUGAUGUGCUUAUAAUAUACCUUUUAAUAUGCUAAAAUCCUUCCAUAAUUGGCUUUUUCAGCAAAUACUUCUUACCACCAGUAAACUGUUUCUGGCUCUUUGUCUCACAUCCUUCAGCUUAUGCAGGGCAUAAACUAACAAGUUAAUUUGGUAUUAUCAACAUAGUUGAUAUCAUAAAUUGGUCACCUUAAAGAGUUUCAAAGCUUGAUAUUUUGAGUGUUAGCCCUUUGCCAAAGUGAAUGGAGGAAUUGUGGGUUGUGUGUUUUCCUCCAUUUGCUCUGACGAAGGGCUAAUGCUUGAAAUGCCAGCUUUGAAACUCUUUAUCAUGGUCAAUUUACGUCAUCAACUCAUUUGGUGAUACUAAAUUUACCCUGAUACACUCUCCCACCCAGGCAGCACCACAGUUUCUUUAGAAACCUACCCCCUUUAUUCAUAAACUCACAAGCCAACCAGUCAAGUUGUAAGAUAUAUUUGAUGAUGUCAGGAAAAUACAACAAAGUAAUUUGUGUUUCUCUUCAGGUGAAAAUUGAACCAGGAGCGACUGUCACUAAAAGUCAGCCUAUCACAGGUGUACCAGCAGCAGCUAAAGCCUCUCAAGGUACAGGCAACCCAGCUUCAAUGCUCACAGUGUCAGCGCUUCCAAGCAUGGAUGAAACAGUUGCCAGUACCCAGCAACCAUUGAUAACUCCACUUAAGCGAAAACAUGAAGAUGAAGAUGAUGAUUAUGACACAUAA